AAUCGAACUAAAAAAAUUGUCACUGAAUGCGGGACACGUUUAGGAUACAAAUACGGAACUUGUCCGUACCCGACGAGGAUAAAUGAAAACUUGAAAUAGCGGCAGCUCUGUUAAUCAGUUUCUUCAUUUAUAGUAACUGGCAACACUGCAAGAGUGAAAAGCAGUAGAGUAAGAAAAACCAUGGUGCACACAGCCUACGAUUCGUACCAACUCAUCACCAAUUGCCCCACCAAAAUCGACGCCAUCGGAUCCUACAAUCUCAAUCUCUACGUCAGCUGUUCCGACGGUUGUCUCCGCAUCUACGCGCCGCAGUCGUCCGGCGCCGAUCGAUCCCCGCCGUCCGAUCGGCUUCUCCAAACCCUAGAACUCAAAAAAGAGGCCUACGUGCUUGAACGCACUGUCAAUGGAUUCUCCAAGAGGCCUAUGGUGGCGAUGGAAGUGAUUGCGUCGAGAGAGCUGCUGGUUUCGCUUUCCGAGUCGAUUGCGUUUCAUAGGCUUCCUAAUUUGGAGACGGUUGCGGUGAUUCCCAAGGCGAAAGGAGCGAAUGCGUAUGCGUGGGAUGAUCGGAGAGGGUUUUUGUGCUUUGCGAGGCAGAGGAGAGUUUGUAUUUAUAGACAUGAUGGAGGGAGAGGAUUUGUGGAGGUGAAGGAAUUUGGUGUACCAGAUACGGUUAAGUCGAUGUCUUGGUGUGGGGAGAACAUAUGUUUGGGAAUUAAAAGGGAAUACACCAUAUUGAAUUCUACUAACGGGGCUUUGACUGAGGUAUUUCCAUCUGGGAGGAUUGCUCCACCUUUAGUAGUGUCUCUUCCAUCAGGAGAACUUCUAUUAGGGAAGGACCAGAUCGGAAUGUUUGUGGACCAGAAUGGGAAGCUUCUUCAAGAAGGCAGGAUUUCUUGGUCUGAAGCCCCUGCAGUUGUUGUGAUUCAGAAGCCAUAUGCAAUCGGUCUCUUGCCAAGACAUAUUGAGAUACGGUUUCUACGAGCUCCGUAUCCAUUGAUACAAACAAUUGUUCUUCGUAAUGUUCAUUGUCUUGUACAUAGUAGUAAUACAAUCAUUGUUGCACUUGAAAACUCUAUUCAUGGAUUCUUUCCUGUACCUCUUGGUGCACAGAUUGUACAAUUAACAGCAUCUGGAGAUUUUGAGGAAGCUUUGUCCUUGUGUAAGCUACUCCCACCAGAAGAUUCAAACCUCCGAGCCGCAAAGGAGCAAUCUAUCCAGAUAAGAUAUGCUCAUCAUUUAUUUGAAAAUGGGAGCUAUGAGGAGGCUAUGGAACAUUUUUUGGAAUCUCAAGUUGAGAUGACCUAUGUGCUUUCUCUAUAUCCGUCAAUUACUAUUCCCAAAACUUCGAUCCUUUCUGUAACUGAAGGGUUCAUGGACAUCACAGGGGAUGCUUCAGAUCUAUCUAGAGGUUCCUCUGGUAUCUCAGAUGAUUUAGACUCUGUACCUCAGUUAUCAGAAUCUGAUGAAAGUGCAGCUCUCGAGUCCAAGAAAAUGAGCCACAAUACACUGAUGGCUCUUAUCAAAUUUUUGCAAAAGAAGAGGUUCAGUGUUGUUGACAAGGCCACUGCUGAAGGAACUGAGGAGGUUGUUUCAGAUGCCGUGGGACGUCAUUAUAAAUCUUAUGAAACAAGUAGGCAUAAUAAAUCGAAUAAGGGAAGGCUUAAUAUCCCCAUUAACUCAGGUGCCAGAGAGAUGGCAGCCAUAUUGGACACUGCACUUCUUCAAGCUCUGAUUUUAACUGGGCAGCCUUCUUCUGCUUUGGAACUGCUCAAAGGACUUAACUAUUGUGAUUUGAAAAUAAGUGAGGAAUUUCUGCACAAAAGGAAUCAAUAUGUCUGCCUUCUAGAAAUCUACAGAUGCAAUGCAAUGCAUCAUGAAGCUCUAAAACUUCUUCAUCGAUUAAUAGAAGAUUCAAAGACAGACAAACAUCAGAUUGAGAUUACCCAGAAGUUCAAGCCUGAAAUGAUUAUUGAAUAUCUUAAACCUCUCUGUGGUACUGAUCCUAUGAUUGUCCUGGAGUAUUCAAUGCUUGUUCUUGAAAGCUGCCCGUCGCAAACUAUUGAGCUCUUUUUGUCUGGAAACAUUCCUGCAGAUUUGGUCAACUCUUAUUUAAAGCAGCAUGCUCCGAACAUGCAAGCCACAUAUUUAGAACUAAUGCUUGCAAUGAAUGAACAUGGGAUUUCAGGAAAUCUCCAGAACGAAAUGGUUCAAAUUUAUCUCUCUGAAGUGCUUGAUUGGUACACUGAUCUCAGUUCUAAGGAGAAUUGGGAUGAGAAAGCUUCUUGCCCAUCAAGGAAGAAGCUAUUGUCUUCCUUGGAGGGUAUCUCAGGUUAUAACCCGGAGGUUUUGUUAAAGAGACUUCCACAAAAUGCUUUGUAUGAAGAGCGAGCACUUCUGUUGGGAAAGAUGAACCAACACGAGCUUGCGUUGUCCAUAUAUGUUCACAAGCUUCAUGUUCCUGAACUCGCGCUAUCUUACUGUGAUCGGGUUUAUGAGUCUGGACUUCAUCAGCAAUCUGUGAACACUUAUAACAAUAUAUACCUCACUCUACUACAAAUUUACUUGAAUCCUAAAAAAACAAUCAAAAAUUUUGAAAAACGAAUCACUAAUCUGGUGUCAUCUCAAAGUAAUAGCACUCCGAAACUCAGUACAUGGACUGCAGUUAAAACAAAAGGCGGUCGAUUAUCCAAGAAGAUUGCAGAGAUUGAAGGAGCAGAGGUCAUGCGAAUCAGCCCAAGUAGCACUGAUAGUGGGAGAAGUGAUGGUGAUGCAGAUGAUCAUGGUGAGGAAGAAGGUUCCAGUAUCAUGUUAGAAGAGGUCCUUCAUCUGUUGGGCCAGAGGUGGGACCGUAUUCAUGGAGCACAGGCUCUAAAGCUUUUACCAAGAGAGACCAAGCUACAGAAUUUGCUUCCUUUUCUUGGACCUCUUUUGAGAAAAUCUAGUGAAGCAUACCGGAAUUUGUCGGUUAUAAAAAGAUUACGAGAGAGUGAAAACCUCCAGGUAAAAGAUGAAUUGUAUGACCAACGGAAAACAGUUGUGAAGAUCACAGGUGAUAGUAUAUGUUCUCUUUGCAACAAGAAGAUAGGGACUAGUGUGUUUGCUGUCUAUCCAAACGGUAAGACAAUUGUACACUUCGUUUGCUUUCGAGAUUCACAGGGUAUGAAGGCUGUGGCAAAGAAAGGAACACCUCUUCGGAAACGAUUGUAGAGAUGCGGAUGCCUGCGGUUUGAAGUAAAUUAUUUGCUACUGUAUUGACCUAUCAAAUAUGGUAGGAAGUUGGGAAGAUAUUUAUUGGGGGUCCACAAUGCUUGGCUUUCUGUGUCGUACUAAAUUUGCCUGCUUGCGAAAGAAUGACAGCAUUAUUAGUAUAAGAUUGGUUUUGGAGAUACAGGACAUAGCAUGGAAGUAAGUUUGCUGUAUUGUUUCCGGGUGAUGAUUGCACUGCGGGUAGUGCCUUGUAUUUUUUUUGGUGUGACAUACAAAUUUGGAAGCUUUCACGGGUAGCUAGUAUACUACCUCCGUUUGGAAAUCUCCACCCUUCUGUUGUAAAUGUAAAUAGGAAGUACUACACAUAUUUAGUAAUGGUUUGGAUUUAUCUA